AUGGAUACCUACUCAGGCUAUAAUCAGAUCCCCAUGUUCCCAGGCGAUGAAGACAGCACGUCUUUCAUUACUGACAGAGGGCUCUACUGCUACAAGGUGAUAUCUUUCGGCCUGAAAAAUGUCGGGGCAACCUACCAAAGAUUAGUAAAUAAAAUGUUUACCAAUCAACUCGGCAGAACGAUGGAAGUCUAUGUUGACGACAUGCUAGUGAAGAGUCUCCAAGCUAGGGUGCAUAUAAAACAUCUGGACGAAGCCUUUCAGAUACUAAAGAAAUAUCGCAUGAGGCUGAACCCUCUUAAGUGCGCUUUUGGUGUAGCCUCAGUGGCUGAAGACUCAGUCAGCUCGGUACUUGUAAGGGAGGAAGAGACGCAUCAAUUACCAAUCUACUGUGUCCUUCAAAAGCCAGACGCCUCGGGAAGGUUACUAAAGUGGGCAGUGAAAUUCAGUGAGUUCGACAUAACAUACAUACCCCGAACGGCAAUCAAGGGUCAAGCCCUAGCUGACUUUGUCGCAGAAUUUGCCAAAGCUCCUGAGAGAUACGGUCUUCAGGGCGAUGUUGUUUUGGAAAGCCCAGAGGGACAUAAGCUUAACUGUGCGGCGAUACUAGGCUUCAAGGCUUCCAACAAUGUGGCUGAAUACGAGGCCCUCCUAGCUGGUCUUCGAUUGGCCAAUGAGUUACAUGUGAAGAGGUUGACUAUCAAUAGUGAUUCACAAUUGGUGGUGAAUCAGGUCAAUGGGAACUUUGCAGCUAGGGACAAACACUUGGCAACAUACUUGAAGCUGGUUAUGGAUUUCCUUCCCAACUUUGAGAAGUUCGAAUUAGUGCAGGUACCUCGCGACGAGAACGCCCAUGCGGAUGCCCUGUUCAAACUGGCUAGUAGCAAAGACUCGGAGCUACUCAAAAUAGUACCUAUUGAACACCUGCUGGAGCCUCUAUCAAGGAGGGAAAAGAGUUGA